UUUUUACUAUACAUAUAUUAUUAUACUCUUUGCUUGACAAUGACAAUUCCAAUUAUUCCAAAGUCGGAAACUGUGUCGUAAAGUAAAGCGGAAUUUUAGUUUGUUUUUACUAAAUCAUAGCGCCUUAUUAGCUAUAAUGAGUUUACAUAAAGCAAGGAUUAAACUAUUUGAAGAGAUGUUGAAUAACGAAGUGAUUGACAUCACCUCUCUAAGGAAGUUAGCUUUCAAUGGUAUACCAGAUGAUAAAGGCUUACGGUCCCUUGUAUGGAAGAUAUUAUUGCACUAUGUACCGCAAGAAAAAAAUAUCAGAGAUACAACUCUAGUUAGUAAACGACAGCUAUAUAAGCAAUACAUAAAUGAGAUUAUAGUAUCACCAGGAGGGCCCAGUGAUCAUCCCUUGAACAUCAGUCCCGACAGUUCCUGGAGCACCUACUUCAAAGACAAUGAAGUCUUGUUACAAAUUGAUAAGGAUGUUCGGCGCUUGUGUCCAGAUAUAUCAUUCUUUCAGUCGGCUACUGAAUUCCCGUGUCCAGAGAUUGUAAACAGCAAUGGAGUGAAAAGACUGCAUAAAAGAGUAGAACAAUCCAUGCUGAAGUACUCUACUCUUGAAAGAAGAGGCCUGGGAGUGGCUAAGCUGAGUAACGAGAUCCGGCGAUCAGACAGCCAACCGUCCGGCGACUACGAGCCGCUGAACGAGGGCUGCGAGGCGCACUGGGAGGUCGUGGAGCGCAUGCUGUUUCUCUACGCCAAGCUCAACCCCGGCCAGGGCUAUGUGCAGGGCAUGAACGAGAUCAUAGGGCCCAUUUACCACACGUUCGCGACUGACCCCAAUUCUGAAUACCGACAACAUGCAGAAGCAGACUGCUUCUUUUGCUUUACCAACUUGAUGUCCGAAAUACGUGACUUUUUCAUUCGCACCCUGGAUGAGACUGAAAGUGGCAUUAACUACAUGAUGGACCGGCUCUGUGACUGUGUGAAGAAGAAUGGGCCCCUAGUUUGGCAUCGAAUGGAAGUGCUGGAGCUUAAACCUCAAUACUAUAGCUUCCGGUGGAUAACCUUACUGCUGUCUCAAGAGUUUUCUCUGCCAGAUGUAGAAAGGCUGUGGGAUUCUUUAUUCGCAGACACGAUGAGAUUUGAUUUUCUUAUAUACAUUUGCUGUGCCAUGAUUUUACUCGUGGAAGACAGUUUGCUCAACGGUGAUUUCGCCUACAACGUCAAACUACUCCAAAACUUCCCGCCCAUGGACGUCUCUCUUAUACUUAACAAGGCUGUUGAAAUAUCGCAGAGAUAAUUAAUAACUCUCUCUCUCUCUCUCUCUCUCUCUGUGAACAGUGUAUUUGAUACCUAUUUUACAAGAUUUUACAUUGACAAUUUAAUACGUAAGUUUGGAGAAUUUAUUUUAAAAUCUUGCGUUUAUUUAAAUUUAAGAAAAUAAUGUAGCUAUACAUAACUAUCGGUUAGAAGCACGAAAGGGGUCUUAGGCCUACCAAGUACCAAGUGAUAUAGACGGCCGGGACAAUUUUAGUUGUUAAUCGAAAUAUUUAAUAUGAGAAAUAUGUGGACUUACUCCGAAGAACGAAUAUAUCUCGUAAAUGAAAGAAGUUACCAUUGCAUUUUUUUGAGCCAUAGACAUUAAAGCAUUGACGUAAAUUCGCGCCCCAGCCGGGCUAGCACAUGAUUGGCGCGAGAGUAUCUCGCCGCGACAUAGACUACCUGUCCCCCUUUAAUUCAUACAGUUAGUAAAAGACGGGUAUCUCGCGGCGAGAUACUGUUGCGUCAAUCAUGUGCUCGGCCUACAGGUGUAAUAAUGCCUUUUAGACCGCGGGCCAGGAAC